AUGGCUGGGACUACGAUUGGGAGGGACGAAUGGUCACAAUCCGCGGCCGCAAGGUCAAGAUCGAAAGCCAGCUUAGCGAGUGGCUUGAUGCCAUUUUGGCUCAAAGACAUGCUUUUGACAUUGGCGCGAAAAUUGGACCAAGACAUGCCAAUAAUGCUAAAAAUCACAUAUGAGUAUGUCAGAAUGCCAUUGCUGUUUCUACAUCCACUAAUCUUGGAAUCACAUAAUCUCAACCCUAAGCACUUCCCUUUAAUCGAUGAUGUCGAAGAAACACUCAGAGUCGCUGACCGGCACGUCGGAUUCGAAGUCGGUUUGAUGGAUCUGGUUCAUAGCAUUGGCCACGGGCCACAGCAUCAGAUCUUUGUCGAGGGCCAGCAGAACGAGUGGAUGCCGUAUCCAGGUGGUCAGAUUUACUUCGUAGCUAUGUCACGCGUGCCUGGAGAGGACAUGGGCCGGAUUCAGGAUACACUGUCCCCUCAACAGCUGAAAAGCAUCAAGUCGCAGCUAGCCAGGAUUCUCGAAGCCAUAGCGGACAAGAACCGGGUCCUGAGGACAGCGGACCCCGGUUCUCUGCGAUCCGACAAGGCGAACGACAAGCUGUGA